AUGUGCAGAGAAGAGGGGGGAGGGAGCAGGCAGACGACAUUCUGGUCAAGACCAAUGGUAUUCUUCGACAAAUCGGCAGCUUGGCAGCUACUCACUAUCGUCACCCCACCUUCGAAGACCACUGCGGAGCUUCUGUGGUCUCCCUUUGUUAACAGCAAAGUGUCGCUGAUGACCCAUCCCCCUGGCAUCCACUAUGCGGGAGGUAGUGAGCCGAUAACGGCGGCGCUCGAAAUGCAUGAAGAUGUCGCAUUGUUUGCCAUGCAACAGAACGACCGGAAUCGCUUCGGCCAGCGAAUAGUCUAUUCACUGAACACUGGUAAUGAUUAUGCAUUGUUCUUUGGCUGCGCUAUCAUCCGGAAUUUCAAACCCCUCGUUCUCGACUCCUUGGGGUACCACGACGGUACCUUCGGUACCGAGGGCUGGCAGUUCAAUUCCCCGGAAUUACUGACACUUAGCUACAGCUAUGCGCCUGUGGUGGCACCACCUGGUGAUGCUUCUGGAUCGGAAUGUUGGGACAUGGAGAAAUGGAUGAAUGAGGUCCUCCCUCUCCUACGGGGCUCCCACGUCGAGACUCUGACAAACAAAAGGUCGGCGACGAAGUUUUCGCACCGUUCCGCGACUUCUGCCUGGUGCUGGGUCCGCAACUUUAAGUUCGGAAAUGAUGUUGUACAUCAGGAGAACCAGAAGUUUUCUGAGAUGCUGAGUCAGUGCUUCCAGCACGUCCAUUCGGCUUCAACGGGUGUUCUCAGCAAGUCAGCACUCUUGCAUGAAUGCGGCUUUGCUCACACUGGAAUACCUACAUUCACCUUCAGUGGUAUCUGA